AUGUAUUCAGCUAAACCGCCACAUCAUCCGGCCUACGGUCUCCUUCCGGAUUCGCGCUCUUCCAAAAUGGCCGGAACACAGAGUAAGGGUGCUCAAGAUGUAGGUGAAGAAGAGUGGCAUGUUGGAGCCAUUUCACGAAAUAUAGAGGCCGGCCACGAAAGAAACCCUUUAAUGUCGGCCGAAUCCACAACUGGCCUUGGCUAUCUUGACAAUAAAGGGAAGAUGGGAUUUGAGCGAACCGAAUCUGGUCUUCACGAUCCAUAUGAGCUGGAAGACUCGACAGGCAUUCGACGUACACUGGAGAGCUUCAACAACGAUAGUAGUAAGCUGUUUGUAAAAAAACAUACCUUCAAAGCUCCUUCCUCUUUUAUAUUCCAAGAGAGAGAUUAUGGAUCUUGA